CGCGGCGAGUCACAUCCGGGCAUUUUGACCGUUCUCGGCGAGAUGCGGACUCUAAAAUUGGAACAGUCCGCAGGCCACGACUGAGGACGUUUCACGAGUCUACGAGGACACGAGGACACAAGGACACAAGGACACUCAGGAACGCAUAUUGAGAAACGGCCCACGUCUCUGGAGUAAUGUCGGCUGUCAGCUCGGACCAGUUCCGGACCGGAGCCGAACCGGAGCAGCAGGAGAGCGGAAUCCUGCAGCCGCAGACCGUGUUCGUCCUGCUUGACUCGGCUGAAACCAUCAACCUGGUCCGGGUGGAGUCUGGAAUCGUCGCUGACAUCGAGGUCGACAGUUUGUUGCCGUCUGACUGUGACACGUUUUACCAGAUCAAGAGUCAGCCGCUCAGCACCAGUGCGUCAACAGCAGCUUCAUCAUGUUCCUCCUCACUGCCCUCCAGGGUUCUGAUGCGUCAGGAUCUCAUGCGUCAGCAGGCUCUGGGCGAGGAGCAGAAGGAGUUGCAGCAGAAGCUCCUUCACUCGAUCGGCUCGUCCUCCCCCAUCUCUGUCUCUGUGUCCUCCUCCUGCAGACCUGCCCAGGUUCCUGUGGAGGUGCUGAAGGUACAGACCCACUUGGAGAACCCCACCAGGUAUCACAUCCAGCAGGCUCAGAGGCAGCAGGUACGUCAGUACCUCUCCACCGCAGCCAACCAGGAUAGAGCUGGACCCCCACCAAGCCACUCCCCCUCUGUGGGCGUGGCCACCAAACUACAGCCUGCCAACAUCUUCAGAAAAUCCCAGAUUGACAAGACCGUCAUCGAUGACAUAAUCAGCCUGGAAUCAAGCCUGAAUGAGGAGUUUCUGACACUGAUUGAAUCCGGAUUGCAGCUUGCCAACACGGUAAGAAUAAACACAGGAAACCUCCAGGAACUAUUUAGGAAAAACACCAGUAAUAAUUCAGGAAACAUCCAGGAAAAAUACCAGGAAACGGGCAGAAAAACAGGGAACACCAUCGCAAAAUACCAGGAAACAUCUAUGAUGAAAGGAGCUUCCAUGUUAAUGUUAAUAUAUUCAUAUCUUAGUGAAGCUGUUUCAUUAUGAAGCCAUUUCUCACUCUACACUAUUGUUAUACAGAGCGGUGCUAGUGGAAGCACCAGUACAUGAAGGCUCAUAGGGAGGAUUUAGGUAUUUCUUUAGGAGUCGUUUCCUCAUUUCUCAACAGUCUUGUGAACAGAAAGAGGAAGCGUGUGUGUCAACCAACACACUGGUGUUAGUGAGGAAUCGGAGAAGAUGAGACUUUUAGUGUUACUGCCGGACCAUGAGAGGAGGAGGAUUAAAUCUGAGGUAAAGACCUUUUCUUGUUUUAGGUCCGUUUGAGCUGCAGACUCAACAGUAAAGAGUAUUUACAGUCUUUACUAAAGUAAAAGGUUCAGGGCUCUUUUCCUCGUAUGGACAAAUUCCAUCAAAUGUCCUUUUAGCAGGAGAUGAUCAUGAAUAUGAGGAGUCCAAGACCAUAAUCUGUAUAUUUGGGAGGAUCCUCCCCCGUCUCUCUAAAGCUUUCGUUUCUUCAUUCAUUUGUUGCGUUCCUCCUGCGCCCAUGUGAGGGUUUCAGGACAAAGGAUGUCUCAUGUGUAGACUGUAAAGCCCUCUGAGGCAAAUUCACCAUUUUAGGCAAUAUGAAAUAAAAUUGAAUGAAUCAAAUAAUAAUGGCAAAAACUGACAGCGGCCCCCUGCAAGGCUACAAGUGUCGCACACAAGUUAAAUGUGAUUAAAUGUAUAGGUUUAUUUUAAGUGCCUCAUCACUCUAAUCAAUUUAAAUGUAGCAUGAGAAUAAUGAUCUCAACCCUUUCACAAUAAGUAGAUAAAAACAAGCUUUGAUAUGAAUGAAUAGGAUAUAUGUACUGUAUCAGCUCAUGGAUGUGUGUAGAUGUCCAUAUAGAACUAUGAGUUUUAUGUGUGUGGGAGAAUCAUAAAAUAUACUGUUGAUAAUCAGACAUUUGAUCAAUUGAAGCAGUGAAAUGUGGAACAUCCAGAAGUUUAUUAAGAGACAAAUAAACCAACAGAACUUUACGAAGAGCACGA